CCGGUUCCAGACAAUCGGCGCGUCAGGGAAGAUACUGCCACCGAUCGGGGUUUCAAGCACUUGCUUUCCCCUUCCAACCUCCAACUUCUUGGUCGCUCCUUCUGCAGAGUCGCAGCCCCGGCUCUCGCGCGCGAUGCCCUCGACGAGUUUCAUUGCUAUGGAGCAGGACAUGGUACUUGAUAGCGGCAAUAAUGGCGGGGAUUCUUCGGUUACGACCGCAAGCUCGCUCCUGAACGCAAUUAAUGACGACGCUGGCCGACUCGCGAGCGCGGGCGGCAGCAGCGGAAGUGGGGGCAGCGGGAAUGGGAUCACCGCUGAGGCACGCAAAGGUGGGCCCCCGCAAGUGCGCUCGAGGAUCACCGUGGUCUGCGCCGAGUGCAAACGGCUGAAACUCAAGUGCGAUCGGAAAGCCCCUUGCUCGUCGUGCGAGAAACGGGCGACCGUCGCUCGCUGCAUCUACUCCCCAGCCGCCGCCGAAAAGGUCGAUCUGCACUCCCUCAACAACAGGCUCCUCACCGUCGAGGAGGCGCUACGCACAUUAAAGGCAGCCGGUGUCGAUCUUGGUAGCCAUCACGCCGACCCGAUGGCAGCGGCCGCAACCGGUGCCGGUUGCGACAACAUGCAGUCGAGCUCCUCCCGGUCGUCGGGCUCCAACCCCUCCACCCCACUCAGCAUACCGCUGGAGGAGCUGGGCGACAUGUGGCUCGGCCCGCUCCACAUCUCCGCGCCGUCCUUCCCACCCCAUCAGACAUCUUUCCCGGCGCACCUCCCCGCAGAGGCACUCGACCCCAACGAUUUGCUGCGCCACAUGCCCGCGUCGUCGGAGCUACAUGUGCGCUUGGCCGCUGCCCGGCGCGCGAUCAACGACCUCGCCGGGGGCGUCGGCGCGCUGUUCGAGUGGGACUGGUUCGAGGCGCGGGUGUAUGCCUUCACCGGCGCGCUGCUCGAGGCGGGGCAAGCCGGGCGGUCGGCUCACCCGGCGGGCUUUGACGCCUCCGCAGCGGCGGCGGCGGCGUCGCCGUCCGCCAAGGACGCCAAGCGGAAACAGCGCGAAGCCAUGCGCGACAAGGCGCGCGCGAUCUUCUCCGGGGGACAGCAGGGCCCGUUCACCUCCUCCGCGAGUCUCUCCGCGGCCCUGAUGCUUGCGAACGAGGCGUGGUCGGACGAGAUGGACGAGGACGUCACCGACGAUGCCGUGUUCCUGCGCCAUCCGUCGCACAAGGGCAAGCAGCGCGCCGCCGAGCGCCAGCACGCGCAGGGCAGCGGCCGGCGCGGCGACGCAGGGCUUGCGUUCUUCUCGCUGGUGUGCGCCGUGCUGUCGCUUUCUGCCGACGCUGGCCCCGACGAGCGGCAGCGGCUCGCUGGGCUCGCGAUGUCGGCGGCCCGCGUCUAUUUCUGUCCCACCGCCGAGGCUCUGCCGCACCCGCUCCCGAUGCCCUGGGACGAAGGGGACCCGGAUCUGGAUGCGGUGCUGGGGAUGUGGCUUUUCGGUGUCGGAUUAUUCGCGCGGUCAGACGAAGGGAGCUAUGUCCAUAUUAACCAAACGCUCGGAUACGCACGGAUGGCAGGACUCGACCGCGACGCAGCCAAACUGACGAAUGUGCCCAUCGUGGAUCCCGACGCACAUGAACUGAAAACGGAAGACGAGCCCAUCUCUAUCUCGGACUGGCGACAGGCGCUGAGGGCUAGAACCUGGUGGGCUUUGUGUUUCGGCGACAUGAUGGCCGGCGACAUGUUAAGUAUCGGAGGCAAUGUUCCGUUGGGCACCCGGGACUGGAAAUGUGAUCCCGACCCGCUUGACAUGCGCUUCGACUGGGUCCCUGCGUCAGAUUGUGACGCUGAUUCGACAUGUGAAGGAAAUGGGAGGAAAGCGGGGUCUUGGCUCCGACUCACGCGGCUGCUGCAUUCUGGUGCUUCGGAGGAGAAGCUCUCGGAAUGGGAGCAAGAGGCUUCCGGCAGCGUACAUUCUGCAGAGGUGGCGUUCAUGGCUGCCCGGAUCAAGCUGCGCAAUUGGGUCUGGACGGAGCAGGUGUGCAAUCCCCUCAUCUUUCCACCGUUCACUCUCUCAGCCUGUGUGUUUCUUCCAGGAACAGCGCCAUCACGCGCGCUCCACGCCGUCGUCGCACCUUUCCAGCGUGGUCAAUGCUGCACACACCGUCGUGAAGCUCGGCGGAACCCUGUCUGCGCUGCCGGGGCCGUAUCGCCCGACGCUGGCGUUGCUGGUGACCAGCCCGGCCCGGACGCUUCUCGACGCGGCCGUCGUCUGCGCAUACGCGAUUAAGACGUGGCCAGACGCCGUGUUCGUGGCUGGGGCCAAGGAGGCGCUGCGCGAGGCGGUGACGCUGCUGCAGAGCUCGGUGCGAUUCGCGGAUUGGCACGGGCGGACCGAGGCGGGCCGGAUAGGGGAGGCGCUGGUGCGGCGGACAGGAGUCGGGUCGUCGCAGCGGAAGAUAGACGACACGGCGAAGAAGCGCAGCUAUCCGAGCGUCGGUAUCCGGGUGCGGCCGAACAAAGAGGGGCUGCCGACGUCGCCGCUUGUGGUGGGGCGCAAGACGAUGUCGCGCAAGUCGUCCCCGAUCCCGAUCCCGCUUCCGCAGGACCCGGGCUACUUCGCCGCCCCGGCGGAGGCGUACCCCCCGGCCGAAUAUAGCGCGUAUUCGACCCCGUAUACGACGGAGUCGCCGGCGGGGUACCACACGGAGUCGCCGGUGUCUCCCGAAGUCUACGAGACGAGGGCUGGGUCGUUCGAGUCUGAAGUCUACGCGAGCAGUCCCUAUGGACAAACCAGCUCGCCUUUCACUGCCGGGUAUCCAACGCAGCAGCAACAACAACAGCAGCAGCAGCAGCAGCAACAGCAGCAGCAGCAACAGCAACAGCAACAACAGCCGUACUACGAAUAUCCACCGCCGCCCCCUCCGCCGACGUUCGCCGAAGUGGCGUGGGACAGCCAGCCGCAGCAGCCGUACUGGCAGCCGCAGGGCGAGUAUAAGUUCCAGGGAUACCCCACCAUGACCAUGUAGUUAGUUUAGUGUUCGUUUCGUUUGUAUGUGUAAUAACAGUGCCAACAAGUACCUAGUACAUAGAGACCGAUCAAUCGAUGAAGUGGAUUUCACUUUCACGCUUUCCAUCCGUCUCACGUCGAGUAUGAGUAGGGCCCGGGGCGCUUGACGUCCUCGUCCUCGUCGUUGUCGUACAAUCCCCGCUGCUGCGGCUCGUCCCGCUGCACCCACACCUCCUGCAUCACCGUCGGCGGCUGCUGGAACACCCACGCCCCGCGCUCGAGGUCUGCAGCGCGCCGCCGCCGCUGGCGUCUCAGCCGCACGAGGACGAAGCCGAGGAGCAGCGCCAGCACGAGAAGGCCUGGGAUCAGCAGCCCCAGGAUAAGCCCGAGGUGCGUGGAGGGGGCGGCGGCGGCCUUUUCGGGUUGUUGCGGCGACGGCGGCGACGGCGAGGAUGUUGAAGAUGGGGAAGAGCCAGACACGGACCUGCGGGUGCGUUAUUCGAAUCAGCUAGCUCGAUUUCGUGGAACAGGCGGUCGCUUUCACCCGGUGGGAGUCGGGCGGCCCGAUGCUGCUGCUGCUGC